AUGCUUGCAUGGUGCUGGAACGAACAGCCAGAUAGCUAUUAUCGAUACUAUGAACAGUUGUCUGCUCCUAGCAUGCGAGCUGCUUUGUACCAGCUCUCCAAAUAUAUUGAAACCGAAGGCCCAUUUGACGGCGUUAUUGGGUACUCGCAGGGCGCAAGUCUGGCAGCCACGUACUUGAUCCAGUGCUCGAAGCUCCGUUCUUCCGAGCGAAUGCCCUUUAAAUGCGCGAUCUUCUUUUCAGGUGGAAUACCAUUAGAUCCUAUGGCCCUGGAAUCUGGUGAUCUAAAGUUGAUCACUCCAAAGAAAACUGGAGCAUUAUUGACUCUCCCAACCACACAUAUCUGGGGAAGUAAUGACGAGAUUUGGCCAGGAUCCAGUGAGAUUCUAUACGAGGCAUGCGAGGAGAGCCAGCGAAAUGUGUCUGUCCAUACUGAGGGGCAUGAUAUUCCGGGAACAAGGGCUAAGGAGGCAGUGCAAGAUGCUGUGAGGGCCAUUCGACGUACUUUGGACAGAUUACCAGCAGGAUGGGGUCAAUAG